AUGCUGCAUAAGGCUCUCGUAGCGCUGGGGACAGUGUUUCUCGAUGACCCAAACAUCCGGGACUUCAAGUCCCGUUGUUGUUUUGCCAAUGCUACGAAGUGCUAUCUAGAGGUGGAAUGCCAAGAACCUCAGUUGAGCGUGGUGCACGCGUUAAACUUCCUGGCUGCCUUCCACGCUUCUCAGGGGGAUCAGACCCUUGGGUUCCUCUAUCUUGGUCAAUCGUCUUCUCACUCUUUGAAGAGAGAGAUUGUAUUACAGGCAUGA